UGACCCGUUUCGAAGGCGCAGUCUCUCUUGUUGCGACGAUUGCGAGCUCAGUGAGACUGAUUUUGAUCUCUACAGGCCUCUCCUCUCUCUCCAUCAAUUCCCUCAUCCUGGCACUGCCUGUCGGCACAGGAGAUUGAGAUUUUGGGAGCUGAAAGUGGCGCAUCGCCAUGGCAGCCUGCCUGUGUACCAAGCUCUCAUUCAAUCCCUGUUUAUCUUCUUCUUCUUCUACCGUUCGCGGCACGAAAGCAUUGCCUCUUGCUGCUAAUUCUCAACAAGAAUGUGUCUCGUUUACCGUCAAUGCCACACCUCGACGAGCCGGAAGUGACAGGAGGCGAGGGCUUGUGAUGAGUUCCCUUGAAUCGACCUCGCCCGUGGAAGAAUCGGAGGAGGUAGCCCUGCGGAUUCGUGAGCAGAUGAUGUUAGAGAAAGUGGCUCAGAAGUAUCAUUUGGAAGCGAGGGUGGACGUUGAGGAGCUGUUUGAUGAAGUCGAUUAUGCUCAGAUCAAUGCAUUUGCAGAUCGGCCCUUUUCUGGAAAUCCAGCAGCUGUAUGCUACCUACCUUAUCCAAGGAGCGACAAAUGGAUGCAAGUGGUUGCACGUGAGUUCAACCUUGCCGAGACUGCAUUUCUGGUGAAGAGAAUUAAUCCCCCGAGCGACGAUAAGAAACCGAAGAAGCGCAAAGGCCUAGUGCAAGUAGAUGAAAGCGGCAAAAAGCUUAAAGCUGUGAAAUCGUUCACUCCAGCACCUGCUGACAAUGAGUUCGAUUUACGCUGGUUUACGCCGAUGACUGAGGUUGACCUUUGUGGUCAUGCAACAUUGGCAUCUGCACAUUUAUUAUUCUCAUCAGGGAUAGUGGACGGAAAUACAGUAGUGUUUCACACAAAGUCAGGUAUCCUGAAAGCGAACAAGGUUAGUGGUUAUCAGGAGUUUGAUGGACCACCACCAGACGAAAGAGACCCUAAACCUGCCAAGAGAAGACAACCAUCUGACAAGGGCGUGGUUGAACUAGAUUUUCCUUCGUCACCGCCUACCGCCUGCAGUGACUCGUCCCUUCUUUCGGAGGCUUUAGGUGGGGUCGAGAUCAGAUGGGUUGGGAGAAGUGACGUGGGUGAUUAUCUGGUAGAGCUGCAAUCCAGUGAGGAUGUAGAGAAUUUGAACCCCAACUUUGAAAAGAUGGUGGACUUCCCUGGUCGCGGUGGUGUAAUAGUUACAGCCUUGGCAGCUGCAAAUACUGAGUAUGACUUCAUAUCGCGCUUCUUCUGUCCUAAAAUGGGAAUUAAUGAGGAUCCAGCAACGGGAAGUGCACAUUGCGCUCUGGGACCGUACUGGUCAUCCAAAUUGAAAAAAACUGAAUUGAAUGCAUACCAAGCAUCAGAACGGGGAGCUAAAUUCCUUGUCCGUGUGGAUGAGGAGGCAGGACGCUGCUAUUUACAAGGUGGCGCUUUUUUGGUCAUGGCUGGAACUCUCCUCGGUGGAUCUCUUCAGUAUUCGAAGUAGUUAUCCAGUCGCUACUGUUGAGAAUAGAACUCUUUAAGUAGUUGCUAAUGGUCAUUAGAGUACAAGUGUUGUUAAGGAUAUCCCAUAAGGUAGGGUGCUGGUCUAUAGUACAUUAGAGUACAAGGGGAGGGCUGGUCCUAGGAGAUAUUCCAUAUGGAUUGUAGCUUUUGGUACCUUGGUACCAGUAUAUAAGGAAAGGGUUGGCAUGGGAAGAAUUAUCUCAUACCACACUCUAUUUGUUAUAGUGC